AUGCGCCGCCGAGCGCCUCGCCGAUCGCCCAGCCCGCGCCAGCGCGCGCUCCAGACAGCGCGGCCCGGCGCCCGGCUCGGUCAGCGAGAACGGCCCGGCGGCUGGUGGGCGGCGGGCGGCGGCGCCCAGGGACGCCCGGUGCCGCUGGUGCCCGCUGAUGCCCGCGGCUACCGCCCCGCCGCCGCCCGCCGCGGGGGGCUUCCGACCGGCCGUGCCUUCCAGCCGCUGCCCGCUUUGCUCACUCGCGAUCUGCAUGGGAAGUUGGGCGCAAUGGACAGGGUCGUGUUGGCGUGGGUCGCGCUCUUUUGGCUAACGGCCAUGGUUGAAGGUCUGCAGGUCAGAGUGCCCGACAAGAAGAAGAUAGCCAUGCUCUUCCAGCCAACAGUGCUUCGCUGUCACUUUUCCACCUCCUCCCAUCAGCCCGCAGUUGUGCAAUGGAAGUUCAAGUCCUACUGCCAGGAUCGCAUGGGGGAGUCCUUGGGCAUGUCCUCCACCCGGAUUCAGUCUCUCAGCAAGAGGAACCUGGAAUGGGACCCUUACUUGGACUGUUUAGACAGCAGGAGAACUGUGCGAGUGGUAGCUUCCAAACAGGGUUCCACUGUCACCCUGGGGGAAUUCUACAGGGGCCGGGAGAUCACCAUCGUCCAUGAUGCAGAUCUUCAAAUCGGCAAACUUAUGUGGGGAGACAGCGGGCUCUAUUACUGCAUCAUCACCACACCUGAUGACCUGGAGGGCAAGAACGAGGACUCGGUGGAAGUGCUGGUGUUGGGCAGGACAGGGCUGCUUGCUGCUCUCUUGCCCAGUUUUGCUGUGGAGAUUAUGCCAGAGUGGGUGUUUAUUGGCCUGGUGAUCCUGGGAAUCUUCCUCUUCUUCGUGCUCGUGGGGAUCUGCUGGUGCCAAUGCUGCCCUCACAGCUGCUGCUGCUAUGUCCGCUGCCCAUGCUGCCCCGAUUCGUGCUGCUGCCCUCAGGCCUUGUAUGAAGCAGGGAAGGCAGCCAAGGCCGGGUACCCUCCCUCAGUCGCCGGUGUGCCCGGCCCUUACUCCAUCCCCUCUGUCCCUUUGGGAGGAGCCCCCUCUUCUGGCAUGCUGAUGGACAAGCCGCAUCCACCUCCCCUCGCACCAAGUGACUCCACUGGAGGAAGCCACAGUGUUCGCAAAGGUUAUCGGAUCCAGGCCGACAAAGAGAGAGACUCGAUGAAGGUCCUGUACUACGUGGAGAAGGAGCUGGCUCAGUUUGAUCCAGCCAGAAGGAUGAGAGGCAGAUAUAACAACACCAUCUCGGAACUCAGCUCCCUGCAUGAGGAAGACAGCAAUUUCCGCCAGUCUUACCAUCAGAUGCGAAGCAAGCAGUUCCCUGUGUCUGGGGACUUGGAGAGCAACCCUGACUACUGGUCAGGCGUCAUGGGAGGCGGCAGUGGGACCAGCCGGGGGCCCUCAGCCCUGGAGUACAAGGAGGACCGAGAGAACUUCAGGCACAGCCAACAGCGCUCCAAAUCAGAGAUGCUCUCCCGCAAGAACUUCGCCACGGGGGUGCCGGCCGUGUCCAUGGACGAGCUGACGGCCUUCGCCGACUCCUACGGCCAGCGGCCUCGCCGGGCCAACGGCAACAGCCACGAGGCCCGAGGCGGCAGCCGCUUCGAGCGCUCCGAGUCGCGGGCGCACGGGCCUUUCUACCAGGACGGCUCCCUGGAAGAGUACUACGGGCCGCGCAGCCGAAGCCGCAGCCGGGAACCGCUGACCGACGCCGAGCGCGGCUGGUCCUACAGCCCCCCGCGCCGGCGGCCGGCCGAGGACGCGCACCUGCCGCGCCUGGUGAGCCGCACGCCGGGCACGGCGCCCAAGUACGACCACUCGUACCUGAGCAGCGUGCUGGAGCGCCAGUCGCGGCCCGAGGCCGCCAGCCGCGGCGGCAGCCUGGAGACGCCAUCCAAGCUGAGCACACGGCUCGGCCCGCGCAGCGCCUCCUACUACGCCUGGUCGCCGCCCUCCACCUACAAGGCGGGCGCGGCGCAGGGCGCGGACGACGACGACGACGACGACGAGGACGACGACGAGGACGACGGGGACGCGCCCGACGACGCGCUGCCGCCCUACAGCGAGCGCGAGCUGAGCCGGGGCCCGUCCUACCGCAGCCGCGACCUGUCCUUCCACAGCAACUCAGAGAAGAGGAGGAAGAAGGACCCCGCCAAGAAAACAAACGACUUUCCAACCAGGAUGUCACUUGUGGUCUGA